AUGCUUGAUUUUGGUGGUGAUUCGGGUUUGCCUCCUCCGCCUGUGCUUACGGAGGAAGAAGAGAAGAGACUUUAUCGGAAGCUGGAUUGGAGGCUUAUGCCUAUAUUGUCGCUGAUGUAUCUGUUCAGUUUCCUUGAUAGAGGAAAUGCUCGUCUUGACGGCCUUGAGACGCAGCUCAACCUCAUCAAUAACCAGUACAACAUUGCUCUUACCAUCCUUGUCCUCAAGAAAUUUCGUCCCUCUCGCUGGCUGCCAGGCAUCACCAUUCUUUGGGGCACCAUCAUGACCCUCAUGGGUCUUGUCAAGACUUAUCCCCAACUCGUCGGAGUUCGCACUUGUCUUGGAGUAGCCGAGGCUGGGCUCUUCCCCGGUGUAGUGUACUACCUAACGCUAUGGUAUCCCCGUCAAAUGCUCCAAUUCCGCAUAGGUCUCUUCUUCGGCGCCGCAUCCCUUGCAGGAGCGUUCAGCGGCUUGCUUGCGUUCGGAAUCUCGUUCAUGGAUGGCGUAGGGGGUUUAGAGGCCUGGAGUUGGAUAUUCAUCCUAGAAGGAAUUGCGACGGUUCUAGUUGGAGUGCUUGCGCUUUUGGUCUUAGUCGAUUUUCCGGCGACGGCCAAGUUUCUUACCCCGGAAGAGAAGGCGUAUGUUAUUUGGAAAAAGAGUGCGUUCUUUGUUCUUCGCAUACUGCCUGGGUGGUUCGCAGAGUACGACAACUCUAGCGUCGGCGAGGAAGAGAGAUUCGCACUUCGUCAUUUGUGGGCAGCCUUAACGGACUGGCAAGUCUGGCUGCACAUAUUGGUGUAUAUAUCGGUUGUUGGACCUCUCUAUGGAAUUUCGUUGUUCCUACCGUCAACAUUCGGGCAUUCAACGGCCAUCUCCCAACUCUUGACAGUUCCGCCCUACGUUUUCGCCACUAUAACCCUCCUAACCUUCGCCAUCCUCUCCGAUCGUACCGGCAAACGGUCGCCCUUCAUCGUCCUCGGGCUCAUCAUGCUCCUUAUCGGGUUCAGCAUCAAUAUAUCGGACACGAAGGCAGGAGUGAAGUAUUUCGGGACGUUCUUCUGCGUGGCAGGCGCUUAUGCGACGUUCCCCGGGGUGGUUAGUUGGUUGGGGAACAACCUCUCAGGCCAGUACAAGAGAGGUGUCGGAAUGGCACUCCAUAUAGGAAUAGGGAACUUUGCGGGGGCGAUAGCCAGUAACGUAUACAGAACUCAGGACUCGCCGCGGUACAUCAUUGGACACGGCAUAAUGCUCAUGUUCGUAGGUAUCGGCUUCAUCUUCGUCCCGAUCGUGGUUUUGCUCUACGUGCGUAUAAAUGCACAACGCGCCAGAAUUAUGCAGGCGUCGCCGGAGGGAGGAGAAGAUGGGGGGUGGAGAGCGAAGUAUACGGAUAAGGAGCUGAGGAAGAUGGGGGACCGAGCGGUUGAUUUUAGGUAUAUGAUUUGA